AAUAGAAAUAUUUUCUCGUGAGAUUUGAACUUUAAUCUGCAUUGUAAUUCGUUGACCGCAUUCAUUAAUCGAAAAACAAUGGUACCAAUCGUAAUAUAAUCUCGUCGGUACCAAUUGAUAAACAAAAAUGUCCCUAUCAAGCAUAAACAUGGCCUCGCGGUAUAAUCACGGUGUUCAGCGAGUUUUAGCUAAAUUAGAAGCAUCUAUUAAUUCAGAAAAUUAUUAUGAAGCUCAUCAAAUGUAUAGAACUUUAUAUUUCAGAUAUCUCGGACAGAAAAAAUAUGCGGAAUUAUUGGAAUUAUUGUACAAUGGAUCUUUGCUUUUAUUACAGCACGAGCAGCAUGCUAGUGGAGCCGACUUAGGAAUCUUACUUGUUAAUGUUUUAAUACAAUCAGAGUCAGAACCAUCAUCAGAAUAUUUUGAAAAGAUAACGCAUUUGUUUAGUUUAAUGAGCCCGUUUUCUCCCGAAAGAGAAACAUUUAUACAAUCGGCUCUUCGAUGGAGUAUUAAAGGGACAGAUUAUAAAACUGGAGAUCCUGAAUUACAUCAAAGAAUAGCACAAGUAUUUUGGAAAGAAAAAAAUUAUAUAAUGGCUAGGCAACAUUUCAUACAUAGUAAAGAUGGUUCUGGAUGCGCUGCAAUGUUAGUAGAAUUACACGAACAACGUGGAUAUUCAAAUGAGAUAGAUCUUUUUAUAGCCCAAGCAGUUUUGCAAUAUCUUUGUUUACAAAAUAAAAAAACUGCACAGGAAGUAUUCAAUUCAUAUACUUCUCGACACCCAAAAAUAAAUAGCGGUCCACCAUAUCUUCUUCCUUUAUUGAACUUUCUAUUCUUUUUAUUAAAAACAAUCGAUAGCGGUAAACUAGGAGUCUUUACAGUUCUUUGCGAUCAAUAUCAAAUAUCUUUGAAUAGAGAUCCUUGUUAUCGACAAUAUUUAGAUAAAAUAGGCCAAUUGUUCUUCAAUGUACCACCACCACGUCCUCGUAAUAUUGGAUUAUUUGGAUCAAUUCUGCAAUCAUUUUUUAAUGGUUUAGAAGAUGAUUCUGAUGAUGAACAGCGAAAUAUAGCAUCGACGUCGCAUGCGACACAAGAACUUGACUGAUUAAAGGUUAGACAACACUGUGCAGUGUGAUCAAAGUAGUAAAUACUGAAUCUUUUUUAUGCCUUCGUCCCAGAUAUUUUCAGCUCCUGUAUCUCUCCAUCGUAUACCUGCAAUCGUAAAACUUUAAAAGAAGUGGUGCAGUAUAGGUUUCAGGAAACAUAGAUGCAGAAGCCUUAGGUGUGAAAGUAUGUGGGGGAAGAUUAUCGAAAAAGGUUUUUAACAAUAUUGCUGCAUGUAUAUACUGAAUUCAGAAUAGCAACGACAACAAAUAUUAUUUGUUUUAUUUACUAAUAUUCCAGUUUUUAAGGAGUUUUAGAGAACACUUAAUAAAUAUGUGAAUUAUGAAAUUUAUUCAUAUCCCUAAUUAAAAAAUAAAUAAAGAGAAGGAAAUCAUUUUGCACUGGCUGUAAUGAAUUCAGCAAAUAUGCAGGCUAUAAAAUAAUAACAAACAUAAAAGUUUGGUCAUAUGAAUAUGUCAUUAACAAUAAAAUGUCCUAUUUAUCAUACAUAAUAUAAUCAUUAUAUAAAAUCAUGUAUUUGCGCGUAAUUGUUAGAUCAAAGAUUUAUUUUAUAUAAGCUACAAUUGCAAGACAAAUAAAAACCUGACGUAAUCUUAACAUUGUAACUUCCGACAUAAGGGUUCUUAACGCAUUCGCUGAUAUUAUAAAUAUUGAGUGUAAAUUGUAAUUUGUAGUAGCAAGCAAUAUACUUAUCUAUUUUAA